AUGGCCAGAGCCAAAAAAAAGGAAGCCGACGACUUCUCUAGCUCAAUUUUCUCGAGAUUGACUGAGGAACAUAGUCAGCGAAGCGCAGGUGAAGAAUUCGCAAAUGAUGUGACGAUCCUCUUCUGCGGCUCCAAGAAGUCGGGGAAGACAUCUUUAGUCGACCGAUUCAUCAAUCCCACCAAAGAUGAGAAGGAUCAACCCAAACCAACCGUUGCUCUCGACUACAAAUUUGCGCGAUACGCUUCAGAGGGAUCCUCGUCGAAAGUGCUGGCCCACAUCUAUGACCUCGGCGGAGAUGAGGCCAACGAGAAUCUCCUGGGUGCACCUGUUUCCAAAGCUACUGUUGGUAACCUGGUGCUGGCAAUAACGUUGGACUUGUCAGAGCCACACAGUUGCAUUCCGAAUCUCGAGAAAUGGCUGCAGCUGUUGCGGAGUCAUGUGGACAAGAGCUUGCAGGCAUUAGCACAGGAAAACCCACCUGGCCUGCUACAUGUUGAUGCUCAGCGAGCGUUGCGUGCCAACUCUUACGCAGAGCAUCCUGAUCGUGGAUUCAUAAAUCCAUUCCCGGUGCCUUUGGUGAUCUUCGGUUUUGCCCUCAUGUCCCAUCAGGACGUCUCCAAAGCAGCACAGAGCUUGCUUGAUUUCGAGAGCAACCAGACAGUCUUCAAGCUCGAGAAGAGCUCAGUGUAUGGAAGCGCCUUCGCGUUUCCCCAAAUUGCAAGAAGCUCUGGCUACAAGAGCGUGUUUGUCACCCUCUGGAUUCGAGCUUACAUGGCACUGGCGCUCAACUACCUGGUGCAGCUUUCGCUCGUGAUGUUUGUGGGUGAAGCAACGCAGAUAAUGGCGCCUUUGGGUGGGCAGAUGCACCUCUGCGACUUUGGUGCAGAUCUCGAUAUGUGCAAGGGCCCAGAUGCCGAUUUCCAGCCACGGUGUACUGGUCCAGGAGGAACGCAGUUUGCGCCACCGCGACUCUACGGCUACACACAAUGGGCAGUGCAAAAGUUCACAAAGCAGGCUCUCCUUGAUGUGAUACCGGACCAGGAAAAAGUUAUUGAAGAGAAAGUGGACCCGGGAGAGUACGGACUGGAAAACCACAGCUGCCGCUGGCUUUGCUUGUUUCUCUUCGUCCUCUCGGUCAAUCAUGAGAUCCAAGUCUGCUUUCGAAUGUUGGCAAUGCUAUGGUAUUUGCCGAGCAGUCCAGACAAAUGCAACUGGCUCGAAGUCACCAAAGGUGAACCUGUUUACCGUAUUGCAGGCAUGCCUUGCCACUGGAAGAUCAUCACCGGCAUUCUUGUGUUCAUACCGAAGCUUGCGUUGUGCUACUUCGUUCUGCUCGAGGGCACUUUGUUAUUGAUGGACACUUCUGGAAUCUUGGACACAGUCCUCGGUGCCAUGUCCAUGGCUUUCAUCCUCGACGUUGAUGAAAUGUUGCACGACUCCAUGAUCACGCAUGCCGGCCGCCAUGUCAUCGAGAACAUCAAAGGUCUCAAAGAAGAUCGGGAGCAAGGCGCGCUUGGACUUGUGAAUAUGUUCGAUUCGACGUUUGCAUGUAUCCGUUUCUUGCUGCUGCUGCUGCUGGUGGUGGUGCUGCUGCUUGUGGAAGCUACUCAGAGGGGAGGCGAGGGUGCAAGCCGCUCUUGA